CUAAAAUCAAAUCAAACACCAAAAUGUACUCAUAUUUCAGUCUAGACCGAACCUUAUUUAAAAUAUAACCGAACUAGAUUGAUUAUUGGGUUUGGUUUUUCGCGAAAUUAGAUACGAACUUCUUUAAUGCUUCAACAGUUCAACUAACCUCCAUUUAUGAUUGAACCAAAAUCCCAACAAAAAUUGUACCUGCAACAUCACCUAAUCUUCUUUCGAAAGCCUCACAUCUUCAAAUCUUAGGAAAAAUCUUAACUUUGAUCAAGUUGAACAUUAAGUGUUCGACGAAUUGCUUCAAAGAAAGAGAUUUGUGAAAAAUGGAGAAUUCUGAAUUAUCAUCAACAAAUUUUAUAUCAGUUUUCUCAAAUUUGCCAAAACCAUUUGAGAAUAAUAGUGAAGGUGAUGGAAAUCAUAAGCCUUUGAGUUUGUGGCCUGGAAUGUAUCAUUCACCAGUAACAAUUGCAUUAUGGGAAACAAGGUCUAGGAUAUUUGAAGUUAUGAAUGACCCUUCAAUUGAUCAUCCUCCGCAAACCCAACUGCUAACCAAGACUCCUUCUCAAUCUAGAAUGACUGUUUUGUAUAAUUUUUCUUCUGAUUUUAUUCUAAGAGAACAGUAUAGAGAUCCUUGGAAUGAGAUGAGGAUUGGGAAAUUACUUGAAGAUCUUGAUGCUCUUGCUGGUACUAUCUCUGUCACGCAUUGUUCUGAUGAUGACUUCACUACAAGGCCAUUGUUGCUAGUUACGGCUUCUGUUGACAGGAUUGUUUUGAAGAAGCCAAUCAGUGUAGACAGUGAUUUGAGGAUUUCUGGCUCAGUCAUAUGGGUCGGGAUGUCCUCAAUUGAGAUUCAACUGGAUGUUAGUCAGGCCACUGAAGGCUCUUCUGCUUCAGAUUCAAUUGCGCUUACAGCUAACUUUAUUUUCGUGGCCCGGGACUCAAAGACACGGAAAGCUGCUCCAGUUAACAGGCUCUCUCCUGAAACUGAAAAGGAAAAACAAUUAUUUGAAGAUGCAGAAGCAAGGAGCAAAUUUAGGAAAAGAAAAAGAGGACAAAAUCAAAGGUAUUAUUCUGAUGGGGAAGUACAUCGAUUAGCAGCUCUUUUAUCUGAAGGGCGCAUCUUUUGUGAUAUGCCAGCGCUGGCAGAUAGAAAUAGCAUUCUUUUGAGGGACACCCGUCUUGCAAACUCUUUGAUAUGCCAGCCUCAGCAGAGAAACAUUCAUGGUAGGAUCUUUGGAGGGUUUCUGAUGCACAGAGCAUUUGAGCUUGCUUUCUCUACCGCAUAUGCAUUUGCAGGCGUGAGGCCAUCCUUUCUUGAAGUUGAUCAUGUUGACUUCUUGAAACCUGUGGAUGUUGGUGAUUUUUUGCGUCUCAAAUCAUGUGUCCUCUACACUGAAGUGGAAGAUCCAGAACAUCCUCUAAUAAAUGUCGAGGUUGAAGCUCAUGUUACAAGGCCUGAACUCAGGUCAAGUGAGGUUUCCAACACAUUCUACUUCACAUUCACCAUUUGUCCAGAAGCAAAAGCAGACAAAAACAAAAUCAAUAUUCGCAACGUCGUAACAGCCACAGAAGAAGAAGCACGUCAUAUCUUAGAGCGAAAAGAUUCGAAGGCCUUGCAAGGUAUUAAAGUGUGCUAACAAAGGAGUUGCUAUAAUUUUUUAAAGAAUUAUUGUAGUAUAUUGCAGAAAACUGAAGUUUAUGCUAUGUCAUCCAUUAAAUUAUUUGUCUUGCUCUUUAAAAUAUUAUGAUGCUUCUGCAUUCUGAUAUCAUUCACAUGUAAUUGUGUAAGUGCAGAAAUAAUAUAACAGAACCAUUUUCUUUUGCCAUUGAAUUAUUAAGAAGGUAAACCAUGUGUAUAAAUUGUAUGCAGCUGCACAUGAUAUUGGAUCAGCUCUUUAUAUUUUAGGAAUAGAAAGGAAAUGCAUUUGUCCCCUUGUUACAA